AUGCUCGCCAAAUCCCUUCUUCUCCUUGUUAUUCCAGCGUUGGCCGAAGUGGUGUACGAAACCAUCACAGAAACCGUUACCCCAACCGUUUACGAAACCAUCACUGUCACCGAUGGCGUUACUCCUGAAUCUUUAACCGCUUAUAAAUCUUCAUCUCAUUCAUCAUCAAUCACCACCCACUACACCCCAGCCUCGUCGUUCUCCACUUCUUAUCUCACCAGCUCAUCAGCCAAGGCCAGCUCAGUUUUCUCUAGUGCCGCUACUUCUGCUUCUGCUUCUGCUUCUUCUUCUGGCUCAACUCAUUCAGGGGAUGCUACCUAUUAUUCUCCAAGUGUGGGGAUUGGUGCUUGUGGAAAUCAAAAUUCCGAUUCAGAAUUGGUUUGUGCCCUUCCUCACACUCUUUACGAUGCCACCAGAACCACCAACCAAGGGGAAAGUAGUUAUUGUGGUAAAUCGCUUACUGUCAAAUAUGGCGAGAAAUCAGUCACCGUCAAAGUGGUCGAUAUGUGUCCUGGGUGUGCUGGUGAUUCGCUUGAUUUGAGUCCUGCAGCAUUCACCCAUUUAGCAGAAGAAUCUGUGGGAAGAAUCAAGGUCACUUGGUCUUUUGAUUGA